AUGGCAGAAAUUAAAGGCUUGAGCUUAACCUAUCCAGGCGACGAAUUGGGGGUUCAAGCUCAUGGUAACGUCGAUAUAGUAUUCGUACACGGACUUGAGGGCGCGGCCACUGCUGGGUUUUUGGAGAAUGAGGAGGGACCAGAAAAGCUCUGGUUGUAUGAUCUUCUUCCUAAAAGCUUACCCACUGCCAGGAUUCUCACUUUUGGCUACCAAAGUGACGCGAUCUCCCUUAUCAACUCGAGAGGAUCAGUCAUUUCAACUUAUACCAAAAGCUUACUCGAAUCUCUCACAGCCUUUCGAGUCCCACACCAAGAGGCUCCAUCGCGACCUCUAGUGUUCCUUGCCCAUAGUCUUGGGGGCCUUGUCGUUCAGAAGGCCUUAAUUGUCGCGUCGACAGGAGCCCGAGCCGACUUUUUCGCCAUCAAGCGUUCUACUUCUGCUAUACUGUUCUUUGCUACACCUCAUCAUACAGAUCACAAAGGCAUCUUCAAUAUCCUUCGGUAUUUCUCGGGUGUGAGAAGAUGCCAGGGAAGCAGUGAAGAAUUCAUAUGUAAAUCAGAGUUUCAGUGCAACCUAGACGAUACCUCUGCGCAGCUAAGACAAAUUCAAGAGAAUUUUGAGCACCUCCGGCUCCAGCAGUCCUUCAAACUCAGCAUUGAUUCUUUCUUUGAGGAGUUACCUGUGGUUAACGGUACAUCAUUGAGUGGUUUUCCAGACAGCGUUCUGCUACAUUCGGACCAUAAUACAAUCUGCCAGUUUACAAGUGUCGGUGAACCAAACUUCAAGCGAGUAUUAGCAAAACUCAAAAGAAUCCUCAACCCAAGCGCAGAGUGCGAACCUAACCUGCAAAAAUAUCAGCAAGAAAUACUUCGUUGGCUGGCAACACAAAGGUCACAAAUUGCCAUCUCUGCAGCGCCUAGAUCCGGCAAGUGGCUUUUGGAAAAUCGAGAGUUCAGGUCAUGGUUAUCGAGUGACCACAAUUCCGUCUUGUGGAUCCAAGGAAAGCCUGGCGCUGGUAAAUCAACACUUGCUUCUAACGUUAUCGAAGAUUUUAAAAAUCACACUUUGGAAGAUCGGCCUGCGAUCUAA